GCGGAAAUAGCGAUUUACGGAGCCGAAUUUUGUGCUAAAAUUCUGUGACUCGUUUUUUUGACGUUUUUUUUAGGUGGCCUAAGGCAAACGUAUUUUUGAGAAGUUUUUUUUCGGAAACAUAUAUAAACAUAGUAUAUUUUUGGAAAGAAGAAGAGUUAAGCUUGUUUUUUAUGUUAUUUUUACGUACGGUUGUCUUACCAUUUUUUGGAGCAUUUGGCUCAUGAAAAAUAGGUUGGUGUUUACAUGUCAAAUUCUUGUCGAAGGACUCUUUAUUCCGCUUUUUUGAUUCUCAAAAUAAGUUUUUACAUGCAUUUUCUUUGCACAUACCAAAUUUUAUUGAAAAAUAUUGUGUAGCAGAUAGUUAAAUCAGUUUAGCACUUUUAGUACCUAAUUUCUGUUUUUCCGAUUUUUUUUUAGCGGAUUUCCCGUCUCAUUAUUUUGAGUAGGGUUAGGCAAACGAUUUUUUGUUGGUUUUUUUUACAGAAACGUAUAUACACAUAGUAUAUUUUCAGAAAGAAGAAGAGUUAGGCUUGUUUUUUGUGUUAUUUUUUUACAUGAUUGUUAUACCUUUUUUUUGACUAUUUUGCUCAUGAAAAUUAUGUUGAUGUUUACUUGUUCAAUUAUUGUUGAAGGAAUCUAUAUUCCGCUUUUUUGAUUUUUAAAAAAAGUUUCUACAUGCAUUUCUUUUGCACCUGCCAAAUUUCAUGAAAAAAUAUUAUGUAGCAAUUAGUUAAUUCAGUUAAACACUUUUGGUACCUAAUUUCUGUUUUCAAAAAUAGCCGAGGUGGGGCUGAGGGGGAGAGAGUUUUUUUUUUCUUUAAAAAUGUUUAUUGCAUAUUGUUUCACUUAGAUUGUUAGUAAUUAAAAAAAUGAAUAAUAUAAAUGAACUGGGUAAUCAAACAGAUACUUCAUCGUCAUCUGAUGCAGUUGUUUUAUCAACAUCUGCCAGUGGCAAAUUUUUUCAGAUUUGUAUAGAGUUAAUGUCGAAAUCAAAGUUAUUUUGGUUAAUUUUUUUACCUUUAGCUUUGUCACCAUCUGCUAUGGUUGAUGCAGGCUUACUAUUUCAUCAGUUUUUGAGAUUCCUCCAAUCAACUCAGCCUUCCACUGUUUUAGUUUUAGUUCCAUCUACAUCUGAAACAGUUGUUUCAUCAACAUCUACCACAUUUAGAAAGUUUAAAGGCUAUUUCUUUGUUCACUUUGUAUGUAAUAUGUGUAUCUGCAUCUACAUCUGCUUUGGUUGGUUGGAGUUCAACAACAAACUUGCUUUACCUAAUGGCAAGCCACAAAACUUGUUGUACUUGUUUGCAAGCCACAAAACUUGCUGUAUCUAUUUGCAGUCUUGCAACAUGGUAUUGGGCGGAAGGGGGGCGGCUUACACCCCCUUCCAUGAAGUCAAUUUAUACACCACUAGUUACUAUUUUUCCAAGUAUCGAAAUAUUUUUUUUAUUUUUUAUACUAAAAUUAAUUGUUUUAGUAAAGAUUGAAAUAUUUAAAAGAAUGAAAUUUUGAUAGGGUGUGUUAAACCUUAUUCAAAACCCAACACCCGACUUUGAGAUAGACUUGUAAUAUUCACUAGUGAUGUGGAAUAAAAUAAUAACAAUUUUUUGUAUAUA